AUGGCUGGCCAUGACUCGGGAACUCAACACCAGUUCACUGGAUUUCAGAAGUACUUCAACUCCUAUACCAUCACAGGCAGAAGGAAUUAUGUGAUAGCAACAUAUGCAAGUGUUGCGAUGAUCAUCUUGUACUUCAAGCUUAGACCUAAAAAGAAAACCCCUGCUGUGGCAGACAAGUAA